AUGCCGCCAUCACCUCCCACGGCCUCUCGGCUGAAUCGUCCCUCCCUCUUAGCCUCACUUCACCCGCAUGUUCCCUCGAUGACACUCUCAUCAAUGCAUACCCCUCUCAAGUCUCCAGAGAAAAUUCACCACACUCAUACUCUCUCAUGUCAUAAUACAUUAACAAACAGAGACCGGACACUCACUACCCACACUACCCGGAUCUCAAGCGGGUCACAUCCGAUAACUUACUACUCUCCUCUACCAUCCCCACCCGUCAUCUCGAUCAUCACCCCCAGAGACUCAGGCCACUCGGGGGCGAUCCUCCAGCCCUCCUCGUUGCUCCUGCGCACCUCUGCUACUAAAAUCCGACACCUCCCGAACAAGAUCAUCAGGUCCACUACUCGCUCCAUCAUCUUCACCCCCGCCUGUCCCAAUCAUAAGCCUGGCCCCAUAUACACUCUUCUCGUCACCCCAACCCAGAUUUCGCUGGAAAACCAUCCCUACAUGCUCCUCAACCUCGCGUCACUCGAAUCUGCUACCCUUUCACGCUCCUCAAAUCUCCUCUGCAUCUUUCCGUCGUCGUCUCAACCCACUACCCUACUCCACCUCGGGUCUCAUCAAUUCAUAUUUACCCUUGCAUUAUCAUCUCUCCGAAAUAUUCAUAUCCAAUAUAGCAUAAAAUCCGUCACUCUCACCCACUCGUCUCCCCAUAGCCAUACGAUGGAUUCCUCAUCUCACUCCUACAUCUUCGAAGCCAGAUACCUCGCUUAA